AUGGCCUCCCCACAGCAGAUCAAGACCCCUCUCACCGAGGCUUUCGGCCUCAAGCACCCCAUCAUGCUCGCCGGCAUGAACGUCGCUGCCGGUCCCGAGCUCGCCGCCGCCGUCAGCAAUGCGGGUGGUAUCGGUGUAAUCGGAGGAGUCGGCUAUACCCCCAAAUUCCUGCGCCAACAGGUGGAAGAGCUCAAGAGCCAUCUCACUGACAAGAAUGCUCCAUUCGGCGUCGAUCUUCUCCUGCCCAAGGUCGGCGGUGGUGCACGAAAGACCAACACCGACUACACAAACGGACAGCUCCCCGAGCUCAUCGACAUCAUCAUCGAGUCGGGCGCCAAGCUUUUCGUUUCCGCCGUCGGUGUUCCCCCCGUCGAGGUGGUCAAGAAGCUGCACGGUGCCAAGAUCAUGGUGGCCGGCAUCAUUGGUCACCCCAAGCACGCACCCAAGGUCCUCGAGGCCGGUGUCGACAUGGUCAUCUUCCAGGGUGGCGAGGGCGGCGGACACACUGGCGACGUGCCUCUCUCCAUCAUUGCUCCCCGCGUCGUCGACAUCUGCCGUGGCCGCAAGAGCCCGCUGACCGGCAAGCCCAUCAUCACGGUGGCUGCCGGUGGUAUCUACAACGGCCGCGGUCUCGCUGCCUCGCUUUGCUACGGCGCCGACGGUGUCUGGGUCGGCACCCGAUUCGUCGCCUCCAAGGAGUCCGGCGCCCCCAAGGCGCACAAGGAGGCCGUGCUCAAGUCGACGCACGAGACCGACAUCCGCACCAUCAUCUUCACCGGUCGUCCGCUGCGUCUCUUCAAGACGCCCUACAUUAUGGACUGGGAGUCGCGCCCGGACGAGAUCAAGAAGCUCACGGACAAGGGUGUCAUCCCCGUCUACCACGACCUCGAGAACGACGACGAGGAGGGCUCGAAGGAGGCACAGGCUCGUCAGCGCUUCCUCCUCGGCAAGUGUGCGUCGGUCAUCGACGAUAUCAAGCCCGCCAAGGAAAUCGUCGACGACAUGGUCAACGAGGCCGUCGCCGUGCUCAGGAACGGCAACCAGCUCCUCACUGGCCAGGCUGCCCGUCUCUGA